AUGAUCUUAUUCCCUGCUCUGUGCACAGUUGCUAGCAGACAAGUAAGUUCUAGCUGCUAUUUGUAGAGACUGAGUGAUGCUUUAGGAUGACAAUGAAGCGAGUUUGUUCCGGUUAGAUGCAAAACGAUCAGAUUUGCUGAAUGUUCUUUGGGCCGAAACAAUAACCAACGGAGAAGACGACUGGUCGGAGCUUGCUGAUCAAAAAUUGGAACUUUAUGAGAAGGUGAGUGGCUAAUUAGAUUUUUCGAGUGUAGAAAGGCAGCAAAGUAAGAUACGCAAUUAUGAAGUUUAACUGAUUAUGAGUAUUAUGAGAGUGAUGGAAACUAAAUUUUGUAUCUUCUGAAUUGAGCAGCUGAUACAUAAUAAUUGUAAUAUUCAGGCGCUCCUGCAACAUUAUGGAAUAGAUCUUGACAAAUCGGAUAAGUCUUUUGCUGCCGGACUUCAGAAGUCGUUUGCUAUUUCCACAACCAUUGGCCCACUGGACGUUGAUGAUUUCAGCACUCUCGGAAAAUUUAUUGCAGUUUUGUACGCCUUGAUAGGUAAGUGUAUAGCUGCUAAAUUUACACGCGUCGUUUUGUCAAACAUUUAGGAACACCUUUGUUCUUGACAGUUAUCGGUCAGCUUGGCAAAAUGGUAACGUCGCUGUGGCAGGUCAGCAACCUUGAAACAUGAAACAAUAGCAAAACUGUGAAAACCAUCUUCUUUGUUCAGGGAACGACCCUUUGGAUUGUUACAAUUGUCUACAUCUUCAUCUCCGCCAUUAUAUAUGAUAUCGUAGAAGGCGGUUCGGAUGAUGUGGUAAAAUAUGACUGCAAACAUUAAAAAAAGAAGUGAAUUUAGCCAUUUAUCGAAGCAGUCUUUUCCAUUUUCCUGCAAUUUACAACUGUUGGGGAAGUGGACAAUGAAUUCCAGUGAGUCUCAUGAAAUGCUGCCAAAUCUUGAGCAGAUUGUUAUGGUCGAAGUUGGAAGUGGUUCCCCAAAAAAAUUGAAAUGAAAAUGAGGAUUUCCCACAUCAUUUUUCAAAGGCAAUGGGCAUGUUCCAUUUUUACACAGAAGUCAUGAAACAUUUGUCUUUUUGGAUGAAAGAGGGAAAACUAUAAAAAUAAGUUGAAAAAAAUCAUUUUUCGUUUUUCAGCGGCAUACUUCCAUAUUGCGUCGUGGUUCUUGGAUUAGCUCUCAUAACAGCUCUUUAUCAAGAAAUGCAGCACAACAUUGAACGUUUCAUUCAUCCAUUUGAAUACUCUUUCAACAGGUGCCACCAGAAACUCACAGAGCUAUUGAUUGAAGAAAAACGACCCUUCAGGAUGUGCGGUGGCGUCGAGAGAUGGAUCGGAGAGAAAAACGAAGAAAAAAAGUUGUCGGUGUCAACAAGAAUAGAAGAAGAAAACGAGGAUGAGCUCAGCGAUUACGAUGAAUGA